CGGCUGAUGAUGCUAGUUGGUCAACCUGGUUUUUUCUCUGUUGGCAACGUGCCUGUCUAACCCGUUACCACAACCCACUGGGAACAUCUCCAACAGUUUUCGUAUAAACAGAAGCACAAACGCACACGUUCGAACUUUCAACCACACCAUGAAGUUUUCCCUCACGCUGGUUGCCGUUUUCGUGAGUGGUUCCGCCGCCUUCGUCCCGAACACCUUCUCGGCGACGGCCCGCACGGAUGCGCUUCGUAUGACGACACCGGGUUACGAGAUCGAAAGCGAGUCGAGUGGGGCACGCCGUGCCUUUGUACAGACGACCUCGGCUGCCGCCGUUGUCUCCGUCGCUAGUGCGAGUGGUCUGGUGACGCCUCCUCCGGCCGAAGCCGCGUCGAGUCAACUCUGGUCCAAGGUUCCUUUGCCUUUCGAGGACACGCUUUUCGAUAUUGAUUUCGACAGCCCGACCCACGGAUAUUUGGUGGGUGCGCGUGGUGCCUUUGCCGAAACCAACGACGGUGGAAAAACGUGGGAAGCCCGUUCUUUCUCCAACCUGGAUCCGGAGGAAGAAGUCACCUACCGAUUUCAGGUACUGUCCUUUAAAGACGGCGAAGGCUGGGUUCUCGGUAAACCCACACUUCUCUUGCACACCAAGGAUUCGGGAAAGACCUGGGAACGGAUUCCCUUGUCGCCCAAACUUCCCGGUGAACCUACCGCGAUUGUGGCCCUCGGACCCAGCCGGGCGGAAAUGACGACUUCCUCCGGAGCCGUCUACGUCACGGACAACGCCGGCCGCAACUGGAAGGCACAAGUUAAGGAAACGAUUGACGCCACACUCAAUCGAAUCAGCUCCAGUGGAGUCAGUGGAGCUUCCUACUUUACCGGAAGUAUUAUUAAUCAGGUCCGUGACGAUUUGGGCGCUUACCUGGCCGUUUCCAGCCGUGGUAACUUCUUUUUAACCUGGGAGCCCGGUCAGGACUUUUGGAUCCCGCACAACAGAGGUACGCCGCGCCGGAUUCAAAACAUGGGGUUCGUCGAAGGCGAUAUCAAAAAAGGUCUCUGGAUGACAUUGAACGGAGGCAAACUCUUCAUUAGCUCGGAAGAACCCGACUUGACCAAGGAUGUUUUUGACUUUCAGGAGGCCGACAUCAAGACUGGUGGAUACGGCAUUACUGACGUCGCAUGGCGUAAUCCGAAGGAAGUCUGGGCCGUGGGUGGGUCCAACACGAUGUACGUGAGCUUUGACGGCGGCAAGAAGUUCCAGUUCGACAAGAGUGGCAAUGCCUACCCCGGAAACCUUUACAAUGUCAAGUUUUUCCCCCAGUACGGUAACGCUGGAUGGGCUCUCGGUAGCAACGGCUUGCUACUCCGUUAUACGGGUUAAACGACUUUUAACCGGUUGUUUCUUCAGUUUGCCGAUCUCUCAUUGUCAGGAAGAAAAAACGAGGCUUGGAACGAAGGAACGAUCUCAUUCGCAAACCUCUCCCCCAGCUAGUAUUAGUACUCAAGUAUUAUCUUUAAUAAAAGAUUGUUU